AUGAAUUCGUUUCUAAUUGGUAUUAUAAUAUCACUUUUAUUACUCGUUUUUCAAGCGAGAUCAAAUGAAGAACAAUAUGAAAUCGAUCCGAAUGGUUAUAUUAUUUUUUGUUUAUGUAUGGGUCGUUUUGGAAAUCAAGCAGAACAUUUUCUUGGUGGAUUAGCAUUUUCAAAAUUAAUUAAUCGAGCAUUGAUCGUUCCACCUUGGCGUACUUACAAGAAUGUUCCAUAUUCAGAAUGGUUUCAAUUAGAAUCGCUUUUAUCCUAUCAUCGUGUUAUUGACGCUCAAGAUUUUAUGGAACAACUUGCUCCUCGUAUAUGGCCACAAGAAUCACGCAUUGGAUUUUGUUGGUUACCAGCUGAUAAAUCUAAAAAGGAUUGUAAAAUGAAAGAUGGAAAUCCAUUUGAAUCAUUUUGGAAUGAGUUACAUAUUGAUUUUAUUGAUACAGUUGCAUAUCAACUUAACUAUGAUGAAUAUUCAAUUGAUCAAUGGAAUCGAUUAUUUCCAUUUUUUCGUUAUCCUGUUAUAGCUUUAAAAGGUGCACCAGCUUCAUUUCCAAUGGGAGCUCGAUAUCGUUCUUUGCAAAAAUAUAUGACGUGGUCUGAAAAUAUUAUAAAUGAAGUUCAACAACAUCAAAAAAAUCUAUUCAAUAAUGAAUCAUAUAUUGGUAUGUUUGUAAUUGAAUUUAUUGGGUCACUUUAUUUUAUUUUUUUCUAUGAAGGAAUUCAUUUACGAAAUGAUCUCGAUUGGGAACGAGCUUGUUCUAACGUUGAAUCGUAUGAAACUCGUUCGUAUAUGGCCUCACCUCAAUGUCUUGAUCUACUAUCAUCUUCACAUACAUUUGUUACACAUAAAAUAUGUUACCCAACUGAUGAAGAAAUACUUCGUUUAUUAAAAAAUGUUAUUCUUCGUACACGCAUACGCAAUAUCUAUGUUGCAACAGAUAAACGAUCAAUGAUUAAAGAAAUUGAAGAACAUUUGUCGGCACAACGUGUGCAUGUUAAACAUCUAGAUCCAUGGUUACCUGUUAUUGAUGUUGCAAUGUUAGCACAUGCAGAUUAUUUUAUUGGAAAUUGUGUUUCAUCAUUUACAUCAAUUGUUAAACGAGCAAGAGAUAUAAAAAAAUUGCCAAGUGCAUUUUGGGGUUUUAGUAAUUAG